AUGUCUAAUGUUCACACAACGCAUGAAAGAAAGGAUCGCCUAUAUAAGCAGGAGCUUAAAGAAAAAUUACAUUCUGCUCUCAUCUCGAAGGCUGAAAUUAAUGAUCUCUGUGAAAAAUUGCAGGCUAGAGAGUUGGAGCGAGAAAGACAAAGUAGUCAUGUUAAAUCUCAAAUUAAAGAACUAUGCGAAGCUAAUAAGUGGCUUCGUUCUUUUGCUAAGAAAAGUAAAAAUGAAAUUGACUCUCUCAGAACUAGAAUAAAUGAGCUGGAAACUGAAUUGCGAGAAGCGGAUUCCUCUUUCACUUAUAUUAACAAUACUUUAAAUGGAGAGGCAAAGAAAUCAAAGCAAUUUUUAUUAGAAUUUCAGUCAUUUUUUGAUUCGAAUAAAGUGAUAGAUGGACAGGAGGUUCGUCACAAGACUUCUGGAGGUCAGGAUACUGGCCGAAGGUUGAAGGAAGGAAAAAAUAAAUAUCACAAGUAG